AUGGUGAUGAUUAUGGUGGUGGUGAUGGUGAUGAUGUUGGCGAUGGUGAUGGUGAUGGUGAUUGUGAUCGUAAUGGUGAUGGUGAUGGUAAUGGUGAUGGUGAUGGUGAUGAUGAUGAUGAUGUUGCUGGAUAAGGUGGUAGUGAUGGUGAUGGUGUUGUUGAUGGUGUUGGAUAAGAAGUUCUUGAUGGUGAUGGUGGUGUUGAUGGUGAUCGUGGUGGUGCAGGAUAAGGUGAUAGCGAUGGUGAUGGUGGUGGUGAUGGUGAUGGUGAUCUUGAUGGUGAUGGUGUUGGAUGAGAUGAUAGUGAUGGUGGUGGUGAUAGUUAUGGUGGUAGUGAUGGCGAGUUUGAUGAUUAUGGUGUUGGAUAAGGUGAUAGUGAUGGUGAUGAUGAUGAUGAUGGCUGUGGAUAAGGUUAUGGUGAUGAUGAUGGUGAUGGUGAUGGUGAUGUUGAUGGUGAUAGUGAUGCUGCUGGACAAGGUGAUAGUCAUGGUGACGUGA